AUGUCUUUAAACAAAGAUAAAAAUAAUGACAAAAGUUUUGAGGAACUUAUAAAUUGUGGAAAAGUUGAAUUUUUAAAAGAAAAAUUAGAAAAUUUAAAAAUUUAUGAAAUUGAUCCAGUAACGAACAAUGCAACAAAAAGUAAAGAAUUAGAGAUAUUUUUGAACACAGUUGUUGGAUACAUAGUUACAGAGAAAGAAACUAACGCUAAAAUUGUUUUAAAAAAAUUAGCCAAAAAUAUUUUUUCUUUUAAAGAUACAUGUAUUUUAAUUCUUCAAAAAAUUAUUAAAUUGGGAUACAAAGUAUUAAAUCCAGAUAAAAUGUGGAAUGUUUUUAAUUUUCUUAAAAAUUUACCUCUUCCAGAAAAAUUAAAUGUUAAUUUAUUUAAAGAUGAUUAUAAUGUUUUAGAGGAGAUGGAAAAUGAUAAAUUUUUAGAUUUAUAUCAAAAUGCUUGGAUGGUAUUAACUAAAAAAAAACUUACUGGACCUUUGGUAAAAACUAUUUUACCUUUUCUUACCAAUAACAGAUUAGAAGAAUUUCCAAAACCUGAAUUAUUUGGUGAUUUCUAUUUUGCUUAUUAUAAUCAAGGUGGUGUUUAUGCAGUUUUAGCUCUUAAUGGUUUAAUUAAAUUAGUUGUCAAAUAUAAUUUUGAAUAUCCUCAACUUUAUCAAUCAGUUUAUAAAUUGACAACAUCCUUUGUACUGCAUGCUCCAUAUGCUUUUCAAUUUUUGGAUACUUUGAAUCUCUUUUUGUCUUCGACACAUAUUCCUUUGUACAUUGUAGCAGCUUUUGCUAAGAAAUUGUCAAGAGUAUUAUUGUGUGCUCCAAUUUGUGUUAUUAGGCCAAUUUUAACUAUAUUGCAAAAUUUGUUAACUAGAUAUGAAGGAUUGAGAAAAAUGAUUCAUAAUGAUCAAUGUGUAGAAUUAAAAUGUGAUCCUUAUUUAGAGGAUUGCGAAUCUUUAAAAGAUUGUAAAGCUUUGGAAUCUUGUCUUUGGGAGAUUAAAACAUUGCAAAGUCAUUGGCUACCAUUGGUAACAAAAAAAGCUUGUUUUAUUGACAAAAAUAUUGCAAGUAUUGAAAUUCCAUAUGUUUUUAAGACAAAUGAAGAAUUAUUAAAUAUUUUGUUGAAUAAAAAAAGUGGUGUUAAGGAUGUAAUGGAUGAUGAAGAUUGGAAUUUAAAAACAAAUAAUAAAGGAUUGAAUAGAAAAUUUGUUUCAUUAAAAAGAAAAGUUGUUGUUGAAGAAGAUGUUAGUGCUAAAAAAAUCGUCAAUUCAGAAGAACCUGAUGGAAAGUUAUUAAAGGAUACAUUUAAUUUUGUUAUACGUACAUAG